GCUCCGGCUCCGGCUCCGGCUCCCGGGCAUUUAAAGGGGACGCGGCGGUGGCCCGGGGGGAUGGGGGGCAGGUGGAGGGGACGGUCCAGACGCACAUCAUCCACAGUCCCUCGGGACUGGAGGGACUCGUGAGCCGGAGCCCAGAAAGCCGGGGGUGGAUAAGACACCGCGUCCCCUCCAAAUCCCGUAAGCACCCCUUGCUCCAUCCUGCGCCCAAAUACCUCAGCUAGCCCCUGUCCCCAUUUCUUACACUGAAAACUCAGUCGGGACAAACCUCUGCCGCCGUCGCCCCCACGAGCUUCUGAGGACAACUAAAGGCCAACAGAGUCCCUACAGGUGGUGUCCAAGGUGAUGUACUGACAAUGAGCGGGUGUUUUCCAGUUUCUGGCCUCCGAUGCCUGUCUAGGGACGGCGGUAUGGCCGCGCAGGGCGCGCCUCGCUUCCUCCUGAUCUUUGACUUCGAUGAGACUAUCGUGGACGAAAACAGCGACGACUCAAUCGUGCGGGCUGCGCCCGGCCAGCAGCUGCCCGAGAGCCUACGUGCCACCUACCGGGAGGGCUUCUACAACGAAUACAUGCAGCGCGUCUUCAAGUACCUGGGCGAGCAGGGCGUGCGGCCGCGGGACCUGCGCGCAGUCUACGAAGCCAUCCCCCUGUCGCCGGGCAUGGGCGACCUGCUACAGUUUGUGGCCAAGCAAGGUGCCUGCUUCGAGGUCAUUCUCAUCUCGGAUGCCAACACCUUUGGUGUGGAGAGCGCGCUGCGUGCCGCCGGCCACCACGGCCUUUUCCGCCGCAUCCUCAGCAAUCCGUCGGGGCCCGACGCGCGGGGACUGCUGACGCUGCGGCCCUUCCACACACACAGCUGCGAGCGCUGUCCCGCCAACAUGUGCAAGCACAAGGUGCUCAGCGACUACCUGCGCGAGCGGGCCCACGACGGCGUGCACUUCGAGCGCCUCUUCUACGUGGGUGACGGCGCCAACGACUUCUGUCCCAUGGGGCUGCUGGCGGGCAGCGACGUUGCCUUCCCGCGCCGGGGCUACCCCAUGCACCGCCUCAUCCAGGAGGCACAGAAGGCGGAGCCCAGCUCGUUCCGCGCCAGCGUGGUGCCCUGGGAAACAGCUUCUGAUGUGCGCCUACACCUGCAACAGGUGCUGAAGACGUGCUGAGGACGGUCGCCUGCAGGGGGCGCCCCGGGCGAACGGGCAGGGAAGGGGGCGGGGAGGGGGGAAAUGGGAAAGACGAACCUACUUUUACUACUCCCUU